CGUGCUCAAAGGAACUACCAAUAUGAGCCGCUCGCUUCCGGUAAUGCCUCCUUUUCGGCAGCGGCUACUUCCUCGCCAACAUGCCACUCGCAAAAGACUUGUUGCACCCAACCCCAGAGGAGGAGAAAAGGAGGCACAAGAAGAAGCGUCUAGUUCAGAGUCCUAACUCUUACUUUAUGGAUGUAAAAUGUCCAGGAUGCUACAAGAUCACGACGGUGUUCAGCCACGCUCAGACAGUCGUGCUGUGUGUGGGCUGUUCAACAGUCCUGUGUCAGCCCACUGGAGGAAAAGCACGUCUCACAGAGGGGUGCUCAUUCAGGAGGAAGCAGCACUAACUGUUCUCCUCAGAGCUGAAAAGGAGAGGAGGGGAUGGACCGGUUGAUAUCAGCGUUUGCUGCAUCCGAGGCAGCGGCAGUGCCCGUUGAAACCAGACCAGAAGACUGAACUGAGCAGCAGAUGGAUUUCCAGUGUUCAUGUUAACAGAUCAGUUGUUGCUGUAAUUCCACUCUCCAACCCUGUCUCUCUUAAUAAAAUAUUGUUUUGGCUAAA